GGACGGUCAGAGCUGCUUCGUGAGCGGAGGGAUAACACCCACCUGUACAGCACAGCAAACAGUCAAAGAAAAGAAGCAUUCAAAAAAUUCCUUUUUCUCUCUCCGAUCGUUUCACGUUUUCCUUGAGUUUUUUUUUUAUUUUUUUAAGUCGUUCAGAAACUUCUCCGAGGAUGACGGACGCCUUAAUACCGAACGGCAUAAACGACAGCGGAGGAACUCUCAGCUACUUCAGAAAGGGAUGCAACCCGCUGGCGCAGACGGGACGGAGCAAACUGCAGAAAGAGCGAGCCGUCCUGAACCAGCAGAUCAUCAAACAGAUGAGGAUUAGGGCCGGAGCUGAGAACCUGCUGAAAGCGACGUCCAACAACAAGGUCAAAGAGAUGGUCCUUCUGGAGUUGAGUUUUGUAAACUCCGACCUGCAGCUCCUAAUGGGACAGCUGGAUGCUCUCAACAGUUCAGUGGACGUCUAUCAGAACAAACAGGAAACCGUCAACAUUCCCUUGAUUGCUUUGGGACUGAAGGAGACAAAAGAAGUGGACUUUUCUGCUCCAUUCAAGGACUUUAUCAUGGAGCACUACAAUGAAGAUAGCAGGAAAUUUGAAGACGAGAUUGCUGACCUGAUGGACCUGAGAGAGGCAUGCAGAACCCCAAGUCGGAGCGAGGCCGGGGUGGAGCUGCUGGAAAAGUACUACAACCACCUUCCAAUGAUAGAGAGCCGAUUCUUUGCUCCGACCAACCAGACCGGCAUCUUCUUCACCUGGUACGAUUCCUUCACCGGAGUGCCCGUGUGCCAGCAGAACCUGUCUCUGGAAAAGGCCAGCAUUCUCUUCAACAUGGCCGCCCUCUUUUCCCAGAUCGGAACCCGCAGUAACCGUCAGACCACAGCGGGCCUGGAGGAGGCCAUCUCGUCCUUCCAGAAGGCUUCAGGUAUCCUGAACUACCUCAAGGAGACCUUCACCCACACUCCCAGCUUCGACAUGGGCCCAGCCAUGCUCAGCAUGCUCAUCCGCCUCAUGCUCGCUCAAGCUCAAGAGUGCCUGUUUGAAAAAUCUGUGCUGCCAGGCACCCGGAACAAGUUUAACGCUAUGAUAAAGGUCGCCCAGGAGGCUGCAAAGGUGGCAGAAGUCUACGAUCAAGUCCAUCAGUGCAUGAUCCAGACGCAGCUCAAAGACAACGUGCCGCUGUUCUGGUCCACCAUGACUCAAGUGAAAACCAACCACUACAGCUCCAUGGCGCAUUACUUUGUGGCAGUGGCGCUGCUGGACCACCAGUUGGGUCCCAAAGACGACGAGGACCACCAGGAGAAGACAUUUUCUCAAGUGUACGAUCAGUUUCCUGAAGGAUGGACUCCUCUGGACGUGCUGAAGCAGACGGAGCUGCGCGAGCGUCUCGGCAAAGCUCACAUUCGUAAGUCCACCAGCGGUCACGAGGAGGCGCUGAGGAUUUUUGACAUGUGCCCGAACCUGAACAAUCACGAUGUCCUGCGGGACAUCCUGAAGACCAGCCACUAUCACUCUCUGGACAAGUACACCGAGUUUGAAAAUGAGGAGGAGUUCACAGACUACAUGGAAGCCCCAAACAUCCUCUCUAAAACGGAGCGUAAAGCAGAGAUGGAGACUCCUUCAACGUCAAAGGUGAAGGUCAAAGACUUUUUCCACAGACUGGGUCCUCUCACAGUCUUUUCUGCCAAGCAGCACUGGACACCCCCACGGACAGUGAGACUCUGUCCUGAGGGGAGAGACCUGGGUUUUACCCUGAAAGGGGGAUCGCCGGUGCAGGUGGUGUCCCUGGACCCCCUCUGUGUGGCCGCUAAAGAUGGGCUCAAAGAGGGAGACUACAUUGUUGCCGUGGGCGACACAGAGUGCAAAUGGAUGGGCAUGACCCAAGUGAUGCGCCUGUUGAAGGAUGUGGACGAAGAGGGCAUCAACAUCCAGGUGGUCAGCAUGCUGGACGCCAACCCUUCCAUGCCGGCCAAGAGCGCCACCUUCAGUGGAAAUCUGCCCAAGACCUACUCCAUGAUCUGCCUGGCCCACGACGACGAGGACAAGAACCCCAAGACCCGCAAAGUGGCCAAGAAGUCGUCGUUCCUCAGCUGGGGCCUGAAGAACAAGGUGAAGAGCACCAGCACCAUCAGCCUCCCCACGGCCGACUACUCCGGCAGCCUUCCCUGGAACAAGCACCCCCCCAGCUUCCCCAGCUCCAGCGCCUACAACAGCGAAAGCUUAUUCUGAGUACGGGACCCGCCGGCUGUGCUGUAAGUGCCUCUCCGUGCUUCCACUGCUGCUCGGGCGCCACGGACUCAACAGCGUACAAACAUACUCUGCCUGCGACUGUUCCCGGUGCCUAUGUGGGUUUGUCUCCUGUCCCGUCCCAGCAGAGUUCUGAACUGGGAGCCAAAGCUCUCUGUGCCAUCCCAGCGUGUGCGGCGCAGUUCCUGUUAUGUGUGGGAACACGCAAUGUGUCCAACUGCCACCUUAAAAGUUACACAAAGACGACUUUUCCUUUGACUUCUACAAAAACGACAGUUUGACUCCAUUCAUUCCUGAGGUGGUGGUUGUUAAGAGGAAAAGAGGCUUCGUGUUUUAAGAUGGUUCUAUCCUUGAAAUUAGAUAGAAAUGAAACAUUUUUACUCUCAGACGCUGUCAAACUCCCUCUUUUUAGAAAGUUCAAACUUAGAAGCGUCGCAAAAGUCGCCGCCGUUUGAACUGACGGACCGUUGAAGUGGACAGGUGAGCCCACCAGGUGGAGCUCAGUGCUGCAGUUCCGUGUUUGUGUGGGAUUCCUCCAUGUUUGUUCCUAAAGAGUCGUGUAUUUUCUGUAUAUUCACAUUUACUGAAGCGCACUACAAAAAAUGUUAAUACGUCAUAUUCUUUGGUUUCUCUUUGCGUGGGGAUCACUUUAGAAUGCAAUAUCUUCUAAGCUGCUAAAUGUCACCCAUGUGUUGGUUUUGUGUUUUUAAGACGCCGUUUCAGCGGAGUGCCAUGCAACACGAACACGUUACGCUCACACGCCAGGCUCUUUUCUCGUCCGUGUCUUAACAGGAGAUCUGCAUUACUGUGAACCUCAUUGUGUCUCUAGAAGGGAACCGUGCGGGCGGACGUUCCGGCGCCGCGCUCGCUCGGACAGCCAACACAGCCGCCGUUCGGGUUUUCAGCUAUUCGUCUUUCUGUCACCUUUUUACUGACACUGCUGUGUUGGACUACCUCUUUAUCUACAAAGUAGAUUCUUUUACACAUUUGAUAAUCAAAUUAUUUAUGUAAUAAAGAAUAAAUAUAUCGGAAAGCUGUAGGUGUAACGUCUAGUUUGUUCAAGUUUUAAAUUGUUGCACAGUGGAUUUCUUGCUCACUUGGAGGAAUGUAUUUCAUGAACUUAAUCCUUGUUUUUUUUUUUUCAUUGUUACACUAUUCAGUCAAUGUAAACGUUUUAAAUACUAAUCAUGAUUAGGUGUUAGCAAAAAGAUUUGUGUACUCGUUUUGUCUCAAGUGCCAUCUAUGUCGGAUCAUCAAGUGAAAUGUCAAAACUCUAAAAUUGUGCAAUGAUUUUUAUUUGCUGAAGGAAACCGUUGUAAGCAAAGACUGUAUGUGUCGGCCUCUGUUCCUAUAGCGACUGUGUACUUUAUCACCACCUUUUCUGUCAUGUUCAGUUUAUUUAGCUCCGUCAAACAUUGUGCUGCAUUUUUGCUUCUCAUGUGUAAAACGUCAAUAAAAAUAAUUCAAAAAGAA